AUCUUGAACUACCUUUUUCAUAUCAGGUAUGUCUUAAAGGACAUGUUUUACUUGUAUACUUUCAAAACAAAUGUUAAACAACUACAGCAGCAAGAAAAUUGGGUGAAAAAUAUGGCUUGCCAACUUCUAAAAAUCACAUCAAAUGUAUAGUUAAUAGCAUCAAUCUAUAUAAGUAAAACUUAUUAAGGAACAUGGAAAAGUUACAAAACAUUUGUUCUGAAAAAAUUGUUUGAUUUAAACAAUUAAAUCAAACAAUUGCUCGCAAAAACAAAACAAUCAUGCAACUUCGAAAUAAAUUAAAUGAACAGAGUUUUAGCAUACAACUUAAAUGUCUUCAAUAAUAAAAAUCUUAGAUUGAAAAAGCGAAUAGCAUUGUCCAAGACUUAGUUACUAUUUUGCACAAUCAAAUUUCUGAUAGAAAUGCUGAGAUUCAAAUUCUUCAAAACGAAUUGCUAAUUUUAAAGGAGGAAGUUGAGCAAACACAGCACAAUGUCCAGAAUACGAGAUAUGCAAAAGUCUACACUACUGAUAUUAGGGCGUUAGUAUAUGACAUGCUUGUUUGUAAUGUGCCAACACAUAGUGUGCCAUCACUGCUCCAUAAAAUUGGAUAAUUUAUUGGCUUUCAGUUUACUGAAAUUCCACAUCGUACAACUGUGGAGCAGAUGAUGCGUGAGCUUGGAGUUAUUUCAGAUCUGCAGACUGCUAAAAUAGCUAUUGCAACAAAAAAUCUGACCUUGGGUUUUGAUUCUACUACACAAGAGGGUGUCCGUGUAAAUGCUGUCCACUUUACAACCAAAACAAGAUGCAUGGUUGUGGCUGUUGACCAACUUGCUGGAGGUACAGCUAAUGAUUAUAAAAAUCAUAUUACACAGUCUGUAGAUCACCUUGCAAAGUUGUAUAGUAAUUUUUACGAGAAACAAUAUAUUGAAGUACGAAGUACGAUUAUUGCUUAUAUAAGUAAUAUGAUGACUGACAGAGUCGCAGCAAACCAUGCAAUGGUCACUAAGUUAAAUACUUUGUGGCAAAAAUCGUUAAACAAACUAAAUUGCCAUCUUCACCCAUUGGAUACAAUGACCUCUGCUUGCAAGUCUUCACUUAAAGCAUUGGAAACUUUAAAAGGGAAACUGUUUGGCAGGGAUUGUAUUGCAGCAAACAUUGUUAUACAGCUUAACAAACUACGCUACAAGGAUGGUAAAGGUGACCCAAAAGGUUUUGUUAUCUUCUUGGACAAACACAAGUUGCCAAGGAGACUGUUACCACGCUACAGGGUAAAUAGAUUACACGUCUUAUUUCAUAGAUGUGGAAUUUUGAUCCAUAACUAUACUAUAUUAAAGACAUUCCUGUUUUCUGGUGUGACAUUAGGUGGUGGUUUGAGAAAUAGUCUGUAUCAAGACUUUACUUCGGAAGCAAGUAUCCUUAAAUUGUGUGCCUUAGGGUUAAUUGGUAAGCUACUAACUGGUCCCUGGAUGACUAAGUUUUAUGUUAAGCGUAGUCAAGGACUCGACUACAUAUCUGGCAUCCAAGUAGUAAAAAAUGUUCGCAACCAUCUUGUUGAGAUUAUCAAGAACCCACUUGCUCUAAUUCAACGAUUUUUUUGGAAAUGAUCUUAAUGAUCCAAUCUUUAAUUCUAUUGUUGGCUUUUGUCCACAGACUGAUAAAAUGGGAGAAGCAUUAGGUUGUUGUCUGAAUGCUGUCAUUAUUGUCAUUGACAGACAGUACCAGAGACAAUUCAACAUGACAUCAAAUGAACUACUUAAGGACCAGACUCUUUCAACACGGCUUCAUAAUAUUGACUCUGAAGAACUAGCACUAAACAUAGAUAUGUUUAGUGCUGCAAAACAUAAAUCUCCCACUUUGUUUUUUAUCAUCAAAGUUGCGUGCAUGUAAAAGUAAAACAACUAAUUUCCUCCGUGAUAAACCUAUUGAUAUUCGAAAUAAGUUGAUGUUAUGGGCUCUCCAUGGCCAGAAAAAAAACGCUUUUCCAACACAGAACAACUUGAUCUAAUUAAGAUAGAACUAAUUAAACGCAUGGAGAUGAAAUUUCUGCAAAAAGACAACAAAGAAAAAAGAAAAGUUGAAAAAAUUUUGAAAAAUUGUUUGCCUAACGAAGUAAAACAACUAUUCUCUAAUCUGGAAAAUGAUGAAGCUGCUGAUGUCGAAGACAUUCUUAUCGGUAACAUUGUUGGGCGAAAUAUAUGCCACAUGUUGUAUGAUAUUGACACUAAUAAACAGGAGGUAUAUUUUGGCAGAGUUAUUGGAAUAAAAAAAAAGAACAGUGCUAUGUAUACAGUUGCUUACUGGAAGCAAACUGAGGAUGAGGAUGACAAUGCAGUUGAUUAUAAUAUGAGUAAAUAUCAACUGUCUGCAGAUGUUAUUACUGGUGACCAACAUAUGAUCUGAUCUAUACCUGUGAUAUUGUAUGUUAUCUGUAGCUGGUUUUUUUUAUUUUUGCACUUUGUUCAGUGGUGGAGCACCGGUAAGUCAUUAUAUGUAUGUUUGUGUUCUGUUGGACCUCUGGCGCGGUGUUGACACACUCGUAAGUCAUUAUAUGUUCGUGUUCUGUUGGACCUCUGACGCGGUGUUGACGCACUACAUUUAGAGCAUUUAAAGGCAGCAUUAAAUUCAAAGUUUCAAGAUUUGAAAGGAGCGUACUCUACCACUUUUUAUACUGCUAAUUUUUGUUUUUAAAUUUUUUUUUGUGAUUGAUGGGGGGGGGGGGGGGACGCCUCCCAUCCUUUAAUUUAUUUAUGUUACAAAUAUAUAAUUAAAUAAAAUAUAUAUAUAUAUAUAUUUUUAAUAUUAUUUUCAUUCAUUUUAUUAAUGAUAAAAAUAUUUAUAAGAAUAAAUCUUUCGGUACUAGGGUGUGUACCAUUACCACCACAUCAACCUCCUUCAUAAAAUCUCUAAUACUUGCUUGCCAAUAAAAAAAUAACAACUUUUUUAAUGAUAAAUUACUAGUUUUAUACUUUAAAAAAAACCUUUUAUGGAAGAAAUGUGAAUUUUUUGAUAGCAAA